AUGAACAGUUAUGACCACUGCCGGCACGGCCAGGCGUGGUAUUCACUGCCGGCACGGCCAGGCGUGAUUGUUAACUGGGCGUCUGGUGAAUGGAGCUCGCGCUUCUCAGAAUCACCGUCCGACGACGACCAAAACUGCCUUUGCUACUUCGUCCACCGACAAUGUGCGCCCCGCCGACAACCAACGCCAGGCUCAGCCACGGGGUCUUGGGAACCGUCCGACUGCCGCCAAACAGAUCGCUUCUUCGGUCCCGACCAAUUGAGGGACUACCGAUCCUGUGGGUCCCAAAAUCCAUUGAGGGCUCCACAGGCGAGAAGACAAAUUCCAGACCUGCUUUCACACCUAGACCGAGCUCCUUCUUACAAUUGCGCACAAUUGCCCACACUUCCACCCUUGCACAUCAAGGCAAACCCCCAACCAAUCUCUAAAAGCCUUCAAGACAUCGCAGCACAGCACAGCAUGGCCAUCAUGUCAUCACACCAGGCGCUCCAGGGGCACCUGUGGGGUGGCAUCUUUAGCGGAGCUACCACACCGCGGCGGAAGAGGAGGAAGGUUACUCUGGCUACCCCGCGGCUGCCCAUACGUCUGCCAACCGCUGUGCAGACGCCAUUGCAGCCCACGCGAUUCGAGUUCCCACCGUCUGUCCAACGCCACUUGCCCCAAGCAAUUGCAGACAUGGUUAGCGAGAGUUCCGGCAAUGAAGACGGGCAGCAGCAUCAGCAACAGCAGCGAGGGCUUUCACCCGUGGACAGGGGCCUGCAGCCACACCGGGUGUACGAACCCCCGCCACCACCACCAGCUCAACGACCCCGCCCGCAGACACACGCCAGCACCAAGGUUUCACUUCACCGAAUCAUCCACAAUCAAGCUCAAAGGGAGCACCUGACAACAUUCAUUGGCAAUGUUCACAUACUUGCGCGCCACACCACCUUCUUCCUCAAGUACUACCUUGCUGAUCAUCCUCUACACAAUUUCCCGGACAUCACCAACAAGCACAUUAGUGUGAUAUUUGAGCUGCUAAACAACCCCGGCUACAAUGGCAGUCCGAUCAUCGCGCAAGAGUUGCGUCCACGGGUUCAAGAGUACUGUAAUGUUCACGGAUUUGCCCCCAUCCGCAUGCGAAAUAGCCAACAGACUGCAGCGUACACAGCUACGAGCAUCUUCACUAACCUCAAAGUCAACGUACAGGAGCAUUUUCUGCAAAUGCUUCUGCGCUACUUCAACAAGCGGCUUGGUUUGAAGCAAGCCGUACUGCAUCUUCGGAGAGCCGGAUAUUAUCGGCGUGUCCGUCAAUUCACAAAGUACGCGACAUUUGAAGAGUACCCAACGGAAGAGGAGUUUGCCGGCCUCACACGACUUGAGCGGACUCUCCUCGACGAGUUAUGUGCUCUGUUUCCUCCCCAGGAUGAACCGCUUGCAUACAGCCUUGCGGUGGACGCAAUGCCAUUUUUAGCGGCACGAGCGCGCGCCUCGCUUGAUACCCCGACCUGGCCGAGUGGUUGCUUGCCGGGACCCCGGCCGACGUGGUUCGCGAUGCGCUGUUGCCGCUGGGCGCCCGCACGCUUGGCUCCUGCGGGCUCCCCCCCCCCCUCCUCCUCCCCCGCCUCGACGACGCCCCCAGUGCCUAUUUCGCCUGUUCGGAUGGACACGCUGAUCCUGAGUACUCAUAUCCUGGAUGUCAGCAGACGUUGCAUGGGAAGACUCACUGAUGAACGCAAGCGGGAGCUGUGGGGGCAGUUUAUCAACGUGAAUGACAAGGUCUUCAAACAUCGAAAGAAGCUUGGUCUCAAGUUCGAUGGGUCAAUUAGCGCCAACGGGUAUUCCGUUACCAUCCACUUCAAGAAGCCAGGGCUCAAGUAUGGGUAUCGGGCCCGGAAGCGCAGCAAGGCCCAAAUGCAGGAAGAAGUCAAGCAACUGUGUUUUGAGCACCACAUUGACAAAUUAAGGGAGGCUCCAAACAUUGUCUGCAUUGAUCCGGGCAAGCGUGACCUCCUAUUCUGUCGAGACAACAAGAAGGAGCAGCCAUUUUGUCGUGAAGCGCGAAGCGCGAGCCCGGCUCCUACUCCAAGCUGGACUCAAGCGAUCGCGGAAGUUGGCGGAACAUUCAAUGAGAUCAGAAUGCGGAGCAAUGCAUGGCGACUGCGACUGCGACGGCGACUGAAUUCGAUCUGCAGUACCUCCGCUAUCCCCGCUGUCUCCGCUAUCCCCGCUGUCGCCGCUGUCCCCGCUUCGCUAUACACAUCCAAUCAACGGGCGGUCAAGACAAAGUCUCGGUACUUUCAAAGAGACAUGAGAGAGCGAAAGACCAAUGCCGGCAUUGCUGAGAUGGAAUCACAUAUUCCGUCGCACAAGAGCAUGAACAUCGAGGUGUUCUCAGCGUUCAUUGUGGAUUACAAACAUGCGGAUCCCGCCCUGGAUGAGUUUUACCAGGAUGAGGUUCACGUGGCUCGCAGAUUCAAGGCGUUCUCACUGCGGCAAAAGUCUGAGAGCAAGCUCAUCAAGAACAUGCGACGCCUGUAUGGAAAGCAUUUUUCAGUCAUCUUGGGUGAUUGGAGCGACGCUGGAAAGACCAUGCGCUUUCAGGAGUCGUCGAAGACCAAAGGAUUCCGCACACUCUUUGCAAGAAGCAGCAUUCCAUGCUACUUGCUAGAUGAGUAUCGAACAUCGUCCGUGUGCCCCAACUGCCACGGCCGUGUGAAGAAAAACAUCCGACGACGGCUGUCAUCUCGGCCGUGGCAAGCUAGAAAGGGAAGAAUGGAAUUCGUCCAUGGAUUGGUGGGUUGCCGCAACCCCGAAUGUAUCAACCAAGACUGGACGCCAUUUGAGAUUCCUGCUGGAAGACGACCACUAUGACUACGGAUGAAAGUGCACAAUCGGGACGUCCUAAGUACCAAGAAUUUCCUCUCGAUUGUGCGUUCGGUGGUGCUUGGCAAUGGCAGACCAGACGCAUUCUCCCGUAACCAGUAGUCUAGAAUUUGCCGUGGUGGUUAUCUGCCAUCCACAUCAUUGUACCUCUGCCGGAGGCAUCGCCGAUGAUGGCAACUUGUA